CUUCCUCCCGCCACAAUACAUACACUGCACCACCACUACACACCCUGCAGUACCACCACGUAUCCAGCGUCUGUCAACCACACAAUGCAGCGCCCGAAAGCCCUCGCAGCGGGCGAUUGCACACCCGCGAAGCCUGCUGCUCGCCUCUACGGCGGCACCCCCCAACACGUCGACCGCCUCAUCAAGCCCUUCAAAUGCCCCGGCUCCGCAGCACCAACCCGCAUAUCCGAGAAGCCCGCGAGAAAGAGGAGAAAGGUCAAUUACUCCGGAGCUGACGGCGAGAACGAAGACGAUAAGCCAUAUUCCAACGAUGAUCGGUUGGCACUUGCCACACGCGACGCGAACCGCUUCCCAGUCUUUAAGCCAAAGGACAAGGACUUCAUGUUCAGGCAGAAGUUCACAAUCCCCCUCAUUAAUAAGGAAACGGACGCGUAUAAUCCGAAUCGCCCCGCCCCGCUGCUGGGGAUGCGGACAGGCACUGUUUUUGUUGCACGGCCGCUGCAUGACCCUAGUGGGGAGUUCGCCAUUGUCUUGUAUGAUCCCACCAUUGACGAUAGGCCAGUGGAGAAGGAAGUGCUAGAGCCCAAGUUAAGUCAGGACGAGAAGGAGGGGCUAGAGGCUCCGCUGGUGCACAAGAGCCUGGCAGAGAUAUUGGGCUUGAAGAAGAAAGUAGAGGGCGAGCGACCCCGUGUCCCGGUUGUCAUCGAUCCAAGACUGGCCAAGGUCCUGCGUCCGCAUCAGGUCGAGGGUGUCAAGUUCUUGUAUCGAGCUACGACGGGCAUGAUCGAUCCAAAGGCCAAUGGAUGCAUCAUGGCCGACGAGAUGGGUCUGGGAAAGACGCUGCAGUGCAUUGCCCUCAUGUGGACGCUGUUAAAGCAGUCUCCCGAGGCUGGCAAAUCGACAAUACAGAAGUGUGUCAUUGCGUGUCCGUCGAGUUUGGUCAGGAAUUGGGCGAACGAGCUGAUCAAGUGGCUGGGCAAAGACGCAGUCACUCCGUUCGCCAUUGAUGGAAAGGCAUCGAAAGAGGAGUUGAUCCAGCAAAUACGGCAAUGGUCUAUUGCUUCUGGACGUGCUGUCGUCAGGCCAGUCCUGAUCGUCUCGUACGAAACGCUGCGUCUCUACGUUGAGGAGUUUGGGCAGACGCAAAUUGGCCUGAUGCUCUGUGACGAAGGGCAUCGACUGAAGAACGGUGACAGUUUGACUUUCACAGCCCUGAACAGCUUGAACGUGCAGAGACGAGUUAUUCUUUCCGGCACACCCAUCCAGAAUGAUCUCUCGGAGUACUUUGCUCUGCUCAACUUUGCGAAUCCAAACUACCUUGGCACGAGAAUGGAGUUCCGCAAGCAGUACGAGAUACCCAUUCUGAGAGGUCGCGAUGCCGCUGGAACAGACGAGGACCAGAAGAAAGGUAACGAGCGUCUCAAGGAGCUCUUGACUCUAGUCAACAAAUUCAUCAUCCGACGAACCAACGACAUUCUGUCAAAGUACCUCCCCGUCAAGUACGAACACGUCGUCUUUUGCAACCUCGCACCCUUCCAAAAGGAUCUUUACAACCACUUCAUCGCCUCUCCCGAAAUCAAGAGCCUCCUUCGCGGCAAAGGCUCCCAGCCACUCAAGGCUAUCGGCAUGCUCAAGAAACUCUGCAACCAUCCCGAUCUCCUCGAUCUGCCAUCCGACCUACCAGGUUCCGAGAACAUCCUUCCAAGCGACUUCGUCCACAAAGACGCACGCGGCCGCGACCGCGAAGUAAAAGUCUGGUACUCCGGCAAGAUGCUCGUCCUCGACCGCAUGCUAGCCCGCAUCCGCGCCGAAACAAACGACAAAAUCGUCCUCAUCAGCAACUACACACAAACGCUCGACAUCUUCGCGGCCCUCUGCCGGUCGCGCGGCUACGGCUCCCUCCGCCUCGACGGCACAAUGAACGUCUCCAAGCGCCAGAAACUCGUCGACAAAUUCAACGACCCCGAGGGUCCGGAAUUCGUCUUCCUCCUGUCCUCCAAGGCCGGUGGCUGCGGCCUCAACCUCAUCGGCGCAAACCGCCUCGUCCUCUUCGACCCAGAUUGGAACCCGGCCGCCGACCAGCAGGCCCUCGCGCGCGUAUGGCGCGACGGCCAGACAAAGGACUGCUUCGUCUACCGCUUCAUCGCGACCGGCACCAUCGAGGAGAAAAUCUUCCAACGCCAGUCCCACAAGCAGUCCCUCUCGUCCUGCGUCGUCGACUCCGCAGAAGACGUCGAGCGCCACUUCUCCCUCGACUCCCUGCGCGAAUUGUUCCAGUACCGCGAUAACACUACGAGUGACACACACGACACUUUCAAGUGCAAGAGGUGUCGCAAGGAAGAUGGGCGGCAGGUUCUCAAGGCCCCCGCGAUGCUGUAUGGCGAUACGAGUACAUGGAAUCAUAUGGUUAAUGAUGGCGAGAAGGGCCCGUUGGGUAGGAUUCAGGAUCUGCUGCUUAGGCAGGAGACGGCGGAUGGGUGUCGCGAGGUUAGCUCCGUCUUUCAGUAUAUUAGUCAUUAGGUGUGGGGGUUUGUGCGGUGCGUUGGGUCAGCGUUGGCGUUCCUGGGUAUAUGGGAGGGACUUCUUUUUUUUUAUACGAAGCGUGGUGUUGUGCAUUGGUUUGGCGCUUUUUAUUCUAUGAGCGAUAUGCGGGUUCGCUUUGGCGAUAUGAAUUUAUUCC